AUGGCGGCCCAGCACGAAUCUGUUCCAGUGAAUCUGGAAGCAGCAGCAACUACUACCAUAAAAGCGAGCAUCAAGACGAGCGGCCCAAAAGCUAGCGAAGGUGGGCCCGCGUCGUUGAAAAUGGAGGACGACCUCAACAUGGAGGAUACGACAACGACCACCACCACGACGACCUCCACAUCGUCUCCACAGUUACCCUUCUGCAUCACGGAAAACACCGUGAAUUUUCAAAAACGUUUCCCCAACUUCCCCGCCACCACUUGUCUCCACACGGUGAUCGGCGGCCGGAAGUCGCAAGAAGACCGGUUCUGCGUCUGUCCGAAUUUGACGGAGCAGUUGGAGAAUGUGCUCUUCAUGGGGGUGUUCGACGGCACCGUCGGCCAUUUCGCGUCCGACACGGUGAAGGAUUUAGUGGUUCCUUUUUUGAAGCAGACCAGUGAGUACCAAUUUCUGGAGCAAAACUGCAUUUCAAAUCCGGAGUACUGCGAGCAAAACCCGGACCAGGUGCUGAAACUGUUGUCCAAAGCGUUCAAAAAGAUGUAUUGGAAAUCGGACGAGGAAUUGCUGAAGCAAGCCGGAAUCCACGAGAAGCACUACGCGAGUUGCACUUCGGUUACCUUGUUGCUAUUUCAGGAUUACGUGUGCGUCGGCCACUUGGGCGAUUCCCGGGUCUGUUUGAUGUAUAUCAAUGAGGAUAAUUUGAAACGGUUAGAGGGACUGGGGGUGAAGAAAGCGGUUUUGGAAGACGGAGAGGGAAAGGAAAACGGCAAAGGUAACAACGACGAAAACCAAAACAUGACAGACGGCACUUCUAACAGUUUGACAACUUCCUCCGACGCCGCGGAGCUGAACAACCAGAUGAAAAAUUUGAACAUCAGCGACAAGAGUUACAACGGGAAAAUCCCUGCGCUGGACCCGAAAUUUGCCGCGAAAGAUUCGUUCCGAGUCGACACCAUCCCGAUCAGCAAAGUCGAGUACCUCGUGGAGGGGAAUUUCAUCACCUCGGACCACAAGCCGGACACGCCGGAAGAACUAUGAAAGUGCACAACUCCCCCUCCCUCUCAUUUGUCAUGCAAAAUACCCAAUCCUGAGGAUCCUGAGGAUUGGAUAUUUUGCAUGACAGGGAGGAUUCCUCCCUUUGCCUCCUGCUCUUGUUGGCACUGUUUGCAUGACAAGUUCUGGUAGCCCAAAUAGAACUACAGUCCAGUGCAAAUUUGUCAUGCAAAACCGGCACUCUUGCUGAUGCCUGUAUUGCCUGCGUUCAUGCUAUACAAACGAAGGGGGGGGGAGCUGUGCACUUUCAUAAGAACGCACAAGGAUUGAGAACUCGGGGGGGUCGGUUGAAUAUUUACAUAACCACCAACACAAGCCGUUCAUCCGUGGUGGGGACUUCCAGCAGCGGAAGUUGUUGGGGGAAUCUCCGAUGCAACUCCAGUACAGCAGGGCGUUUGGGGGGAAGGAUCUGAAGCCGUUCGGCCUGUCCGGUGAUCCGACGGUGAACGUCACCAAGCGGCAGCGGCAGUUUAUGGGGUUCAUCCUGGCGUCGGACGGUUUGUGGGACAUAUGAAUUGCAAAUAUGUCUGGGUCUGUGUUUGUAAUGCGAGAUCUGAAGGGCAAGAAAAUCUGUAAUUCAUGAAUACAAUUGGCCAGUUUUUUUGUCGUGCUGGAUGGCAGUUUGUAAUGCUAAACGCGAAUGAAGCCGCAAUAAGCUGAGGAAAACUUCUCAUGCUGUUUCGCCGUACAAGCAGCCAGUCUGCAAUGCAAGUCUCAGCAACGCAAGUUUCUGUUUCCAGACCCAGACAUAUUUGCUAUGCAUAGGACGUGUUAGGGGCGGACUUCGCAUCCCGACUCGCGAUAUCAAAUGUAAAAAUGUCUGGGUCUGGAAUAAUGCAAGUGAAGUUUGUCAUGCUUGUCUGGCAUGACUCGAGAACCUGUGUUGCAUAGGCACGAAAAAGCCCUCUUAUCUGUCAUGCAAAAACGCAGUUUGCCAUGCGCAAUAGAAUACGUAAGACAUGGCAGCCAAAAAAUUUGUCAUGCAUAGCUGCGUACUGCAGUGCGUAUUCAUUCAUUUUUAGCAUUACAAGUUUCCAGACCCAGACAUUUUUGCAGUUGAUACGCGACGAAGACGUUUUUGGAAUCGGUGCAGGAAAACGGGUAUGCAUUGCAAAUACGUCUGGGUCUGGAAGGUCGCAUCUUGUGAUGCUGUCUCUGCAUUCUGAAAAAAUCUGUAAUGCGUGACCAGCAAGAGGGGUGCAGUUUGUGCUAUAUGGACGAGAGGGAAUUUCUCAUGCGGAAUAGGCAUCAGCAACCCCUUUAAACAUCUGUGAUGCGAGGUUAUGCAUUACAAGCGUCAUGGGUCACGUAAAAUCCACAUGAUAAGUCUUACACUCUUCCAGAGGACCCAGACAUAUUUGCAUUUGAUAACGGAAAAGUAAACACGACGUUCGAGGGGACGGGAGCGGGCUAUCCCUGCAAAAACGCCUCCCAGGCGUUAGUUGAGGCGGCGCUCGCGGCGGGGUCGACGGACAAUAUCACGGCGGUGUGCGUCUUCUACGAUACGGUGGGAGGAGAUAUCGGGAAGAGUGGAACUUCGGGUGCUACGCGGGAAAACAAGAUCCCCGAGCUAUACGAUUGAGGAGUGAAUGAAAUCAGACGGAACUUCAACUUGAUUUUAUUAUUGCACACUACAGUAUUGAAAACUACUUUAUGUUUUAUCUCGACAAAAAAUUUUCUAUAACCUCCAUUUUAUCACAAGCUUGGCAAAAAUCAUGUGUGAUCUUUUACUUCUACUUCUUCCCUUGUUAAUGCCACUCCUGGGGUCCUUCCAGAACUUUUCUGGACAAUAUCGAAAACUUGUACUUGCCAGCAAAACAAAUUGAAGCAGGAAUGAAACUCUUCUCGCUGCUCAGAACUCUACUUCAUUACACAGAAGGGACUAACAACUCGCUUCAAUUCCACUGCAAUUUGCCCACGUGUCCAGAAUUUACAAAAAUCGAUGUUGAAAAAAAAAGCGGGACACUUUAGGGGAGUGAGACAUCUUCUAGGGAUCAAAACGAAUUUCUACAAACUGCUACGUCUACUUCUGGUUGUCACUUCUUGAUGAUUUACAGAGAGUAGGCCUAGGCAACGACAUGAGAUAUAAUUUCACGACAAAAACAGAUAUGUUUCAGCACCUCCACACAAUAAAAGUACGACGCUAUUGCAGUAUGAUAGCGCCGUUCUUUUGACAACUCUGUCGUGGCAAGAAGAACAAACUCUAUAAUGCGAGCGACGAGCUUUACCACUUCUCAGAACACGACCUCAAAAAAAAUGAAAAUCACGCCUUUGCUAUUUCGCCUCAACUGUAGUGACCCGUACGCCCUUUGAAUAAACGCAGCUCGUUUUUUUUGCCGGAUUUACUUUGAAACGCUACCUCAAACUUAGUUUAUUUUCUUUUCCUCGACAAGCGAAAGCGAUCUCUUUUUCACGUGCAGGAAGGUCUCAACUUUUUCGCAAAAAGGAGAAUGUGACAGACAUUUAUCAGUCACGUUCUUCGUCAAAAAAAAAAAUAACGACUUAUUUUCUUGUUGCCAAUUAUUAUGCACUCUUCUCUUUUUCCGACCGUGGGAAAAAUCAAGAUUAAGAUUGUUGUUGGCACAGGAUCAUUUCCUUCGUACGUAGUAACAAUAGCGGAAGAUGAAGCUGAGUACCGUACUGGUACUUGACUUUCAUUUCAGUUAUCUUCAUUAUACGAAACUUUUCACCUCCAGCUACUAGACACCUGUCAUCCGACAGGAAAAUCAGAGGGCGAAGAAGAACCCCCGAUGUCAACCGCCAAAGAAGAAUGCAAGUACUAUGAAGAUGAAUUUAUUAGUCGAACUUUUUUUUAUUGUUAUUUCCUUCCCCCAAUUUUAAUCUCGAAAUGUUGAUCCCAAAAAUAUGAGAAUAAAGCAUCUGUAGUAUAGUGCUGCACCCUUAAUAUUCACUGCUUGUCAUGAUGUCAUGUCAAGCCUUGGAAAUUAUCGAUCAAUGAUAGUUAGAUGUUGAGGACUGCUUCAGCAAAGAUUGAUCAUUCACUUUGGGCGGCCGAUAGAACAAGAAGAGACGCAAAAUAGGAGUCGCGUCUUUUCUCCUUCGGUCCUCACGAAGAUGGAAGACCGAGGGACACCCACGAAAUAUGAUAAUGAACUGUCGAUAAAUACUCUUUUCUCCUACUCGUACAGCAUUCAAGUCUACUAGUGUGCUAGACCACGACACACAGCCGGAGCCCUAGUAUGACGAGAUUUAUUUUCAUCAAUGGUUGAUGCUGUAGUAACAACGCUAAUCGCUCAAUGGAGUGAAGGGAUUAUUUUUAUACCCCAAUACAGAAAUAACAACAUAGCGAAUGAAGCAGCGGCACAAGCCCAACAAGUCAACUUCUGUUGAACAUUGAUGAAAAUCAGCUUGCAUUUUGAAAAUCCCAAAGACAAAGCGACCACCCCCCCUUUCUGAUGUAUACAACCUUUCAAUAAAUGAGGCGAAAAAUUGAAGAUUGCUACGUACAUCCCAGUCGCGGCGAUAAUUCUUGCAGGAGGUCCUAUAAUUUUUUCCACCAGGAUCGAUAACGACAAACAACACCAUCUAAAAACACCGCAACGUGAAAAGAGAAACUACCUCACAGUUAUUUCUCUUGAUCGUAUUUGACACGGUACUACAAGCACAACUAGCGAAGCUCGAGCACAGUAUUUGAGAACAAGGACAAAAAAUAGUACUGUAUGCGACGAUAACGACAGCACGUGUUUGAUUUAUCGUUCGACUAUGAUAAACGAGAAAAACAGGUCAUCGUAUCAGGAGGAGCGUACAGAUAUAAGAUCCUAAUACUAGACCAAUCUAUCAUGCUUUAUCUACCGAAAAUUAUCGGUAAUGAUUUCCGCAUGAUAGUAUCAGUAUCCGGGAAGAGGAUACAUCUCGGAGGAAGAGAAGCCAAGAUGCAGAUGAGGUCGACUUCGUCGAUCUCACUGCAAGAAAACGAUUGAUGGCGUCAAAUACGAAAAUUGAUGUCCUUUACGAUCAACUCCUCCAUUUGUGAUUUCACUUUAUUUG